AUGUUGGGCCUUCGGUAUGCUCUGGGCCUCGGAAAGGCGCUCGAUUUGCAAGAUAACAAACGCUUGGUAAGACCUAGGGCACCGGUGUGGUACUGGCCGAAGGCUCUCCGAUACUUGAGUAAGUACGGAUUUAGUAAGUUUGAACUGCAGAUCAAUAGGCAGUAUGCCAGUUUCGAUGUGGGACUGUGGACUUCAAUUAUGGGACUGCCACGUGUCCCUAGGGGUGAAGUUGCCCUAAUCAGGCGAUCGGUAGGAAUGGUACUAAAGCUAGGUGCCGAAGGCUUCCAUAGCUCUAGUUUGGUCCACGUGUCCGAUGCUCAUUGGCUAUUCAUUUUGCUGGUGGAGGGGCUCAACUUUGGCCCUUCCGUUCUUGUUCAUUCAGAGGUUGACGUAGGGGAUGUCAGAAGAGAGCUAACGGUAAACCAUGCGAUUUCGGCUUUGCGAACGGCAAGAAAGGCGAUUUUCGUCAAGGCGAUCGGUAACAUAGCUUGUGGUCUCCAUCCAGAGAUUGACAUAAGACUGACCAUAGGGUUCCAUUCGAUGUCUGAUAGCGAGUCAUUUUCCGAGCGUGAGCCCAAUGCGUCCGGUGAGGAGUCAUCGGACGGUUUCUUUGACUUCGACAGUGAAGCGGUAGGCCCCGAUGCCGGGGACAGAAGUGAUACCGAUGUUGAGAUACUCGGUGAAGGCCCCAGCUUCGUUCCUUCGCAUGGCAUCGGGAAGGGGCUAAUGACUGCACCAGUACCGUUGUCAAUUGUCUAUAGCGACGGUCGCCUCGUUGGUCAAGCCUUGCCUGGGAAGACAAGCGAUGGUCGCUAG